CGUUCCAGUCCCACCUGGUCCAAAUCCCGUUCCAGUCCCACCUGGUCCAUAUCCAGUUCCAGUCCCAGCUGGUCCAUAUCCAGUUCCAGCUCCUGCACCUCCUAUGCCAGCUCCAGCGCCUGCUGCUCCACCAGCAGGUGCUGCACUGCUGAGCGCCGCACACAUGCAGUAAAAGGGAACCCACCUCCUUGCAGUGAGGGCUUCCACAGAGCCAGGAGGAAGACGCCAUGUAGAUUCAGUGGCAGACGUUUAUAUAGCCGAGAUACAGCCGGUGCCAGGACUGUAAUCCAUCCAGAGUCAUGCAUGGGUCAGGACUAAAGCAGGCAUGAAGCACCAACUAAUUGAAAUGCAACAUCCCAGCAACAUGCAAUGUGAGGUCAUUCAGCUCCCCCUUUAGCGAGGAUCACCCAGCCGAGGACCCCGAUGAUGAGUCCAUCUCUGUCAUCACCACGACAUCAGCACCGAGGCAACCAGAUGGAGGCAAUUUAGACGCGGAAAUCAUCUCAUUCUCCUGCUGACAUCAUCAGAGGGGGCCAAUUAGACGGCAGGCUCAUCUAUCUUCUUGCCUGAUCAGAUAGCGUUUUACACUCGUGAAUGUGUGCGCUGAAAACCCGACGCGACUUCUGCCGAUGCAGUUCACAUCCGUCAAGCGUCUCAUGAAGGUUUCUGCAGUUGCUCUGUGAUUGGUCACAGUCUAAGAGACGAUGAUGAGUGUGGUGAUGUGACGAUGAGGACCAGUGCAAUUCAAUGACUUUGUUUAGGUGUGUAAUGACAGCGCACAGUCAGCGAGUUUGUGUGUUGUGAGAUCAUGCAGUGUGUGUGCUUGUGUCUAAAGACAUGUUCACACCAGGCAUGUUUGAAAUUAUUAGUUUCUCCCUCGGCUCUCUUCAUUCGGUCAGGUGCUAAACAUGCCAAUCAAUCUGUGUCCACACCACCUGAAAACACAGCUCUUGGUCCUGUUCCAAGUGACCUGUGGUGCAGCUCAUGAGCAGUGAGAACAUAAUUGUACCAGCUACAGGAAAUUGCCCUCAAACGCGUCGUUUUACAGGCAUAAGGAGGCAGACUCUGACAUCUGAUAGCCAGAGUAUGAACAACAAGGAAGGUGAAAUAUCAUGAAGACGUCAGAGAGGCCCAUCAAGCUGCAAGAUGACAGGUUACGAACACGCUGAUGAAUGAACACGAUGACAUGUUUUCAAAGCCCCUCACGUCUCAUCUGCAGUCCUGAUUACAUCAGUUAAACUUUGUAUCAUCAGGUGGUUUAAGGAGACUCAGCUGCAGCUCAGUAUCUCACAGACUGCAACAUGUAUAUCAGCUUCGCGCUUUCUGUCCCUCGUCACUAGCCGUAGUUUACGUCAUCAAAGCAAGCCGGCUUGAGGAGCAUGGAGGAAACCUCUCUGAAGCAUUAUUGACCUUCUGAUAUUAUUCCUCUCAGGUGUUAUCGGGUUGAAUAUAGCUGUCCAGAAUGUCGGUCAAGCAUGUGUCAGUCCAUGCUAAAUGGAUCAUCGGCAGAGUAAUAGGGACCAAGAUGUGCAAAACUGCCAAAGUGAGAGUCACAAGGCUGGUGCUGGACCCUUACCUGCUCAAGUAUUACAACAAGAGGAAGACCUACUUUGCCCAUGAUGCUUUGCGACAGUGCACUGUGGGAGAUAUUGUCCUUCUCAAGUCUCUGCCUGCGCCCCGGUCCAAACAUGUGAAGCAUGAACUGUCUGAGAUAGUGUAUAAAGUCGGUCGGGUGGUCGACCCACUGACGGGAAAGAGCGUUGAAGGAACUGAGUUUGCGGAGCCUCUGACUGACCUUCCACUCAGCCUGGGCGAGGACACGACGCUAUCGGAGAAACUGCAUGAGCUCAACAUCUCUGCCGCAUCCAGCGGAGCUGAUUCCCCGCCAGCACAAACUCCCACUUCAUGAUAGAAAACUACAUUCUUUUAUGCAGUAGGGCUGACCCGAAUGCUUCGAUCAUUGCUGAAUAACUGAUAAUUACUCACUCUGCAAUAACAUUUCUGUUUCAGGUGUUCAUGUAAAUAUAAAGGUAUAAACCAGUCGUCAAUAUGUAUUAAUUCAUGUGGAAAAUACAUUUUCUUUGCUACCUGCUAUGAUAGGUUUAAAUUAAAGACACAUUUUGGAGGAAUUUACAAUAAAAUGACAAUGAGAAUG